AUGGCGGAAUUACAGACAAACGGCGGCCGUGAAGCUACCUCUCUGCUCUCACAAGUCACGAACGGCGCAUACGUAGACGUCCUGACGUCGCCAGUCGCCAAGGACCUCGUUACGAAGUUCAUCCGCCGCCUCGAAGCACAAGCUGCUGGGGAGAACAACAAUGCCCCACCCGAACCAUCGCAGGACUCGCUAUCCGAAGACGAGAUUGCCGUCGGUCUUGCCGCCCUCAAUGCGUUCCUCCAGGCGAACGUGACCGGGCCGGUGCUGGAGCAGGUCGGCAAGGUCGAGGCGCUCUUCGUCGAAGCGUCCGCGGCAGCACCCUCUGGGGCAGCAGACACCCUCAAGGAGCUCCGAAAGAGCAGUUUCGGAGCCCUCGAAAUUGAUGGUGUCUCGCCGUAUCCAUACAUUCCCAACAUUGAACUCUUCGCCCUCGCUCGUCACAUCUUCACCGAGUCCGCAUCCGCUAGCGGCGCCGUCAUCAAGCUCUCUUCGUCGCGGUUGAGCCUGCCGUGGACACGCCUGCGCAUCAACGUGUGGCACUUCAAGCUCCUCAGCCAGCCCUCCCUCGGCCCGGGCUCUAAUUUUGCAAAGUCGUCGCAGUGGAUCGACGUCCCGACGCUAGCGGAGCAGAUCAACUUCGGCAUGGAGGCCGUCAGGAAGCAGAUCCUCGACGAGGACGUGUGGUCGACGAGCGAGGACAGCACCUGGUCGAGGGAAGAGAAGGUUCAGUUCCUGCUUGAGGCGGCGAACACGCACAUCAUGCUCGGCCGCGAUGAUAGGGCGCGCGAGGCGCUGAAGGAGGCGACCGAGUUGAACAGGUUUGCCUACGCCCUCUCUGGCGCGCUCGGGAAGAGGACCAAGUUUCAGGAGAAGAGCACCAGCCAGCUUGUUGUUCUUGCCAAGAGCGACACGCCUACGGAGAGCGCGGAGGAGAACGGCGACGCCGAGGCGAAGCCCGAGGCCGUGGCGCUUAACGAUGACACCCUGCUCGAGGAGAUCCAGUUCUCCAAGGAGGCGAGCGGCAAGCAUGGCGAGCUGGCAGCCACGUCCGCCGGCCUCCCCGCCACGUUGGUGGAUCUGUCUCCCGACGCCCAGCCCCAACUGUCGCCGCUCGACCAGAUCAUCCUCCUCACCGAGGCCACCCUCAAGGACACAUUCUCCCCCGUCGACUCGCUGACGUCGGAGGAGGUUUUGCCGUACGCCGUGCGCGUCGUCUCGGACAAGGCAACUAACUGGCAGAUUUACACACAGGCCCUGCUGGUGCGCUCGCGGAUCGAGGUCCACCGCAGCAGGACGGUUGAGAGGGGCGUCUUGCAGAUGCAGGCCGUCGUCGACCAGGUCGUCGUCGACACCUCCGAGGCCCCGCGCCCUAGAGCCGAAGACGUCGCCCACGAGCCCGAGCUCCCAGCCAUCGCCGUCACUGCCCCCGGGGAAACGGACAAGCCGACGUCCUUCUUCCCCGCCGCCAAGGAGACCGACACGGCGCCGGCGCACGUCCGCCUGCAGUACAUACACGCGCUCUCCUCCCCGCCAAGGUGGCACCUCGAGUCCGAGCUCGCCUACUCGUGGGCCGGCGUCGGCUCCCUCGUCUCCGCCCUCGAGAUCUUCAAGCGCCUGCGCCUCUGGGCCGAGGUCGCCCUCUGCCUCGCCAGCAGCGCCUCCGCUGACGACAACUCCGGCCGCGGAAGCGGCGGCGAGGACAAGGCCAAGGCACUCGUCCGCUGGCGCCUGUUCCACCGCACGGGGCAGCCCGUCGUGGAGAACGCGGACCCUGACGCCGAAGACGUCGCGUUGCGCGACGUCACGUACCUCGACCCCGCCGACUUUGCCGGUCCCGAACGCAGCCCGCCGCCGCCCAACGCUCCGCGGCUGUUCUGCAUCCUCGGCGACCUGGAAAACGAGCCGGCGCACUGGGAGCGCGCGUGGGACAUCUCCAAGCACCGCUUCGCGCGCGCGCAGAAGUCGCUGGGCGAGUGGUACCUCGCGCACAAGGACUGGGCCAAGGCGCAGGACGCGUACAAGCUCGCGACCAAGUGCAAUCGGCUGAGCCCCGAGAUGUGGAGCCGGCUGGGCGACAUCAGCCUCCGCCUGGGCCAGUUCGCGGACGCGGCCGAGGCGUACAGCCGCGCCAUCGGCGCCGCGGGCGACGUGGUCGGCGGCGAGGACGCCCGGACGUGGAGCAACCUAGGCAGUGCCCUCUGGAGCAUGUACCUCGAGGCGGUGGAGGAGCUGAAGAAGCAGAUCAUCGAGGAGAAGAAGACGGGCGUCAAGAAGAGCGAGGAUGACGGCGACGACGCUGACGACGAGGAGCCCAAGCAGCGCGAUCCUAAGCCCCGCGAUCCGGGCGCUCUCCUUUCCCAGGCCCUGGCGGCAUACAAGCGCGGCGCGUCGAUCGCGCAGGACAACUGGCGCAUCUGGGACAACGUCCUGACGCUGGCCUCGCGCAUGCGGCCGCCCGCCAUCGUCGACAUGGUGCAGGCCCUCGGCACCAUCAUCCGGAUCCGCAAGACCGAGGACGCGCUCGACGAUGCCGUCCUCCGCGCGCUGCUGCAGGAGGGCGUCCUCUCCAAGGCGAAGGAGGACAACAAGAGCGGCGGAGUGUACGCGCCGCCGCGCGGCACCGUCGAGAAGGCCGUGACGGCGCUGUUCGAGGAGGCCAUUGUGCCGCUGAUCACGACGAGGUCGGAGCUGUGGGAGCUGGUGGUGCGGCUGCGGGUGUGGCGGCGGGACUACGCCGGCGCCGUAGACGCGGCGGAGAAGGCGUGGAGAGCGGCGAUGGGGGCGGGCGCGGGCGGCGGGCUGGCGGCGUCGGCGGCGGCGUCGGGCGGCGCGGACCAGAGCCGGAACUGGCUCGUGGACGCGGGCGCGUGGGCGGCCGUCGUGGCGCGGACGGACGAGCUGGUGAGCGUCCUGGAGAACUUUGGCGGCGAGGUUGAGGGCGUGGGGAGCAAGUGGAGGGGCAAGGCGCGGAACGCGGUGCGGAGCGUCAUGAGCCGCGGGAGGGAGGCGUGGGAGGGGACAGAGGAGUGGAAUCAGCUGGAGGUGAUGAUGGAAGGGUUGAAGCUGUAG